CUAAAGUUAGAAAUAUAUCCUGUGAAUGGCAAUAUUUAAGUAACAAUAUUACUAUUUAAUCAGAACUUUGUACCAAGUUAUUGGUGUAUCCAACUGAUGUGGUAGAUCUUUACGUGUACUCAAUGUUCACUAUUCUGCGCUUAACUCUACGCGCAACUAUGUUUACUCCGAUGAGUUCAAGAAAUUAGAAUUAGUGUGACUUCCAAUUAUUAAAAAAAAUAAUUGAAAUAAAAUUUAAAGUUACUUAUUGAAUUUGAUUAUGAGUUUUAAUUUUAAUUUACUUCAGAAGUAUUGUUAAUGUUUGUUUGAUUGUUCAAACGUUGUUGGCUGCUGAUUACACGAGAACAAUGAUUUCUAUUCGUCUAUUAAUAUGACCUGAAUUGAUCUUUCUGUAACAUCUCUCUGAAUAUUCUGCCCAUUUGGACUCCAUCUGAAUCUGGAAUUGAAUUAAGCGAGGCAUGCAAGCCGCUUCAGAGGACAGUGACACCGACUUCUCUCCACCUAGUUCCAGCCAACGUGCUGCGGGAUCCGGCGGCAGCAAACUAGGCAACAUUUUCUCAGAAAAAUCAGCCAGUUCGAAUUCGAUGAAUGGACCUCUGAACUCUUCCGUCAGUUUCAAGUACAAAAACAAUUCAAACGUGUCCAGAAGAGGUUCAACCAACAAACAGACUGAGAAAAGUGCUAACGACUCCAGUAUGAGCAUCAUCUACCAGGAUUCAAUCCAGCUGUUCCAAUAUCAAGAGAAUAAACAUAUCCCAGUUGGUCAGGUCGGAGUUGCAAUACUGGUUGACCCAAAUACCAAAGCUUUCAAUCUGAUUAUUUACGGGAGCAAAAAGAGCACACUUGUGAACAUCACAAUCGACUCAAAUCUGACUGUAACACCUCAGAAGGACAAGUAUGUGUGCUUUUACGACCAGAGGCGACAACUGUGGUACCUGCUCUUCAAUGAAGAAAAGAAAUUGAUUUCAUUUUGCGCAAAUAUCUUAGCUUGCAAAUGUUCAGUCUCCGGUGCCAGCAGUUCCUCAAUCCAGACUCUGGACGCAGUUACAUCUACUUCUGAGGAGGUGGUAAAAGCGGGCAACAAGGCGCAGAUCAGGUACUCUGCCCACUUGGUGGAAAAUGGCAAACUGGGAAAAUUGUUCGACAGCAAUGUGAAGGAUAGUGCAAAACCCCUCACUGUAGAUCUGUCGGCUAAGAAAACUUCGGUCAUCAAGGGGAUCAAAGAAGGCGUGGUGGGUAUGCGAAAGAUGUCCACUAGAGUGGUGUUCAUUCCUCCCAAGUUGGGUUACGCUGAGACCGGGGUAAAAGGCAGAGUACCUGCUAACGCCUUCCUUAUCUACGAAAUACAAGUUGUCGAUAUUCUCGACGAUUCUUCCAAUUCCAAGAAGCGUUCAUCUGAGUCAUCCAAGAAGGGUCGAGCUCCUUUGCCGAAGCUCCCGGUCACCCACGAGGACAACGAAGAAGAGGAACAGGUGUCCUCGGGCGACGAAGAUGAAGACGACGAAGAAGAUGAAGAUGAAAGCGGGGAGGGAAGUUCAACCACGACUACGAACGAGGAUUCCAAGUCCAAUGCAGUUACGAGAGCCAAACUGAUCGAGAAAACGGCACGACUAGGGCAAGCUAUUCUGCCUACUUCGUCGUCGUCUAGUAAAGUUGGGAAAUCGAAUAGCGUUAGAUCCACGAAUGGCAGACGAUCUAAUCCCAAUUACUACAAUGAGUCAAUAUCCAAUCAAAGAGAGCAACUGGCUGCAUCUGAGAUGGCUCUACCUGGUGCUAUGAUGAGCAAUCCAGCUAUGAGUAAUGCCACCAGCAAUCAGUUAGCUCUUUACAACCCAAGCAUGAAUGCACAAACAUCACAAGCUCCGAUGUUUUCGCCAUACAAUGCUCCUAAUCCAUAUCAACCGCAACAUGCUAUGAUGCAGCAGCCGCCGAUCUACACACAGAACCCGCACGCUCCUAUGAUGCAACAUAACCACCCCUUUGGUGCUACUAUCACAACAAGCAUGGCCGCUCAGCCUGCUUCGUCCUCAAUAGACCAGACGACAGCUAAUAACAUGCAAAUGGUUAUGCUCGAAUCAAAACAGGUUCAGAAUGACUUGCGUAGUCAGGUGAUGCAGGUGUCCUCCAAGCUAGACCAGGUGCAGCAAAAGGUAGAGGUGCUCGCAUCCAGAGACACCCCGUUUGGAACUGGAAACAGCCAAGUGUCUAUGGAAGCGGCAGUCCUCAUGCAGAACAUACACCGAGUGGUGCAGGAGAAUGAGCGUCUGAAGAAAGAAUCGGAUGAGGCGAGGGCGACGGUGGACUGCCAGAUGGAGAAGAUAGCCAGUCUGCUGGCUCAGAACCAGAAGUACCUCGAGCAGAGCAACAUCAUGCUCGAACAGAGAAACGAGUCCUUUCAGAGUGUGUCCUCGGCUAGUCAGAUCAAAAUUACCCAGCUGGAACAGGAAAAGACUCAGAUGCUGAACGAGUUGAACUCCCUGAACAACAAAGUGGCAGAACUGCAGUUCGACCUGUCCACCCACAAGCAGCGCCAGCUGGACUUCAAGGCCCAAGUGAACGAAGAGGCACUGGGCAAGAACCAGAUGAGAGAGGAUCUGGCCACGUCUAGGAACAGAAUCACAGAACUGGAGGAGGACGUUGCGAAGCUGAAGCAGGCCUACCGGGAGCAGAGAGCGGCAAGAAAGGUGGCAGAGUCCAAGAUCACAGAGCUGGAGGAACAAGUCACUGACUCGACUGCCGAAGUGGACAGUCUCAACCGACAAAUCGGAGAGCGGAAGAGGAGGGCAGACACCGAAAAACAGCUGCAAGAGAAAGAAAUGGAGGAUCUCAGAAAGCUACAUGAGAGUGAAAUCGAGAGUUGGAAACUGAGAGUGGAGCAGCAGCGGAAACAGGGAAGUGAGGCCAGUCUGGCUCUCACUAAACUGGAGAGUGAGCUGGAGAGUCAGUGGCGUCUGAAGUGUGACAAGAUGGUCUCUGACACCAGACAGCAGCUGGAACAGCAACUCCGCACAGCUAAUCAGAGGGCAGAUCAACUGCAGCUAGAGGCGUCUAAAGCAAAGACGAGUGCGAGUGAGCUCCAUACAUCUCUUAACACAGCACAGAGGGAGAUGGAGAGUACGAAGAGCACAUUGGAGAACAAGCUCAUCAAAUUCAAAGAAAACGGAAUUUUAUGGUGUAACGAGUGGUUUUACAAUGUUGAAUAUGGAGACUAA